UGUAAAAUGCUAAAUUCCAGUUUUAUUCAUAAACAAUUAAUAACAACAAAAAAUAUUUUUCGAUGUUACACGUGCAGGAAUGAACUUCGAUGUAAAGUACUUGUGGUGGGUGCUGGGACAGGCGGAUGCAGUGUGGUAUGGCGUUUACACAAGAAUCUGUCGGACAAAGACAUUAUUAUUAUUGAACCAUCUGCGGUCCACUACUACCAACCUUUAUUCACACUGAUUGGGGCUGGUAUAAAGAAGUUUCCGCAAUGCCACAAACCACUCCAGAGCAUUCUGCCAUCCAAGGUCAUGUGGUUAAAAGACCAGGUAGAUGAGUUUGACCCUUGCAAUAAUGCAGUAUUCACCCAUUGCGGGCUUCGAGUGAGAUAUGAUAUGCUAGUGAUUGGUGUUGGCUUAAAGAACGACUAUGAUAAGAUCCCAGGACUUUCCCGCUAUCUUAAAGACCCACUAGUACAAGUAUCUACGAUCUACUCGUCCCAAUUCUGUACAAAAUGCUGGUGCAAUAUUCAGCGUUUUGGUGGUGGACAUGCUCUUUUCACCUUCCCCAAAGAAGUAGGAAAGUGCUCUGGAGCAGCUCAGAAGAUCAUGUACCUGGCACACGACUAUUGGAAAAAAAAAAAGAUAAUUAAAAACUCAAGUAUUACAUACACGACUCCGAAAGACACUCUCUUCGGUAUUCCGAAAUACGCCAAAGCUUUAACCCAGGUUGCGGAAAGCCGUGGUAUAGCUGUCAACUACAAGUUGGAACUGAAGGAAGUCACGCCAAGAAAUGCAGUCUUCAUCGGAAAUGGCGGACAGACAGUAAUCCUUCCAUACACUUUCAUGCACGUGACGCCGCCUAUGUCCCCACCCGCUUGUCUCACUAAAUGUACCGAGCUGGCUUCCGAAGGGUUUUUAGAAGUGGACAAACAUACAUUACAGCAUAAGCGAUAUUCCAAUGUCUUUGGAAUUGGGGACUGCAUCAAUACUCCUAGUAGCAAAACAGCGGCUGCCGUUGCUAAUCAAAGUAAUGUAGUCGCCCAAAAUCUAUGGAAUUCAAUGUAUGGAAAGCCAUUGAUUGCGAAAUAUGAUGGUUACGGCGCAUGUCCCAUCCUUACAUCGUACAAACGUGGGAUUAUUGCCGAAUUCAAAUAUGAUGGAAAAAUUGCCGAAACUUUGCCAUUUAAUCAGGCAAAAGAACGUCGUAUCUGCUUUUACUUGCAAAAUAAUGUAUUCCCAUAUUUAUACUGGAAUAGACUAUUAAAAGGGAAAUGGAAUGGACCAGGAACAAUACGAAAAAUAAUAAACCCUUUCGCAAAACAAACAAGGAGAAAAUAAAAAAUAUUUAUUACUUACUCAGA